AUGCCGAACGAAGAUAAUGAACUUCAAAAAGCAAUUGAGAACCAUCAUAAUCAACUACUAAACCAGGAUAAAGAAAAUGCUGACAGAAAUGGGUCUGUUAUAGAAGACCUCCCAUUAUACGGGACAAGUAUAAACCAGCAGUCUACCCCUGGAGAUGUUGACGAUGGAAAACACUUACUGUAUCCAGAUAUUGCCACCAACCUACCACUGAAGACUUCUGACAGACUUUUGGACGAUAUACUUUGCGAUACUAUUUUUCUCAAUUCUACAGACCCGAAGGUCAUGCAAAAGGGCCUGCAAUCGAGGGGUAUUUUAAAAGAGUCUAUGCUUUCUUACUCAACUUUCAGAAGUAGUAUUCGCCCUAACUGCUUGGGUUCAUUAACUGAUCAAGUGGUUUUUCAAACAAAAUCCGAGUAUGAUUCCAUUUCAUGCCCAAAAUAUAAUAAAAUACAUGUAUUUCAGGCGGUCAUCUUUAAUCCAUCACUGGCAGAACAGCAAAUUUCAACUUUUGAUGAUAUUGUUAAAAUUCCUAUUUAUCAUCUUAAGGUUAGCGUAAAAGUCCGCCAAGAACUGGAGCGGUUGAAGAAGCAUGUCGGUGUUACUCAAUUCCACUCACUAGAUCAUUUGCACGAAUACGAUCGAGUAGACCUUUCGACUUUUGAUUCUUCCGAUCCUAAUUUGUUGGAUUACGGUAUUUACGUUUCUGAUGAUACUAACAAACUGAUCUUGAUUGAAAUUUUUAAACCCGAGUUUAAUUCACCUGAAGAGCAUGAGAGUUUUACUGCCGACGCAAUUAAGAAGAGAUACAAUGCUAUGUGUGUAAAAAAUGAAUCACUAGAUAAAAGCGAGACGCCAUCUCAAGUUGACUGUUUUUACACACUUUUUAAAAUUUUUAAAGGGCCUUUGACGAGGAAAAGUAAAGCGGAACCUACAAAGACAAUUGAUUCUGGAAAUUUGGCCCUUAACACUCACCUGAAUCCUGAAUGGUUAACGUCCAAGUAUGGAUUUCAAGCAAGCUCAGAAAUCGAUGAGGAAACUAAUGAGAUAUUUACUGAAUACGUCCCUCCAGAUAUGGUGGACUAUGUAAACGAUUUGGAGACAAGAAAAAUUCGAGAAUCGUUUGUGAGGAAGUGUUUACAACUGAUAUUUUGGGGUCAACUAUCUACCUCAUUACUGGCACCUAAUUCUCCCUUGAAAAAUACGAAAAGCGUAAAGGGAAUGUCUUCAUUACAAACUUCUUUCUCAACACUACCUUGGUUCCAUUUAUUGGGAGAAUCCAGAGCAAGGAUUCUAUUAAAUUCCAAUGAGCAAACUCAUUCGCCUUUGGACGCAGAACCUCAUUUUAUUAAUCUUUCCGUUUCGCAUUAUUAUACCGAUAGAGAUAUAAUCAGAAACUACGAAUCUUUGUCUUCUUUGGAUCCUGAAAAUAUUGGGCUGUAUUUUGACGCACUGACAUACAUUGCAAAUAGGAAGGGGGCAUAUCAAUUGAUUGCUUACUGUGGAAAACAGGACAUUAUAGGCCAAGAAGCUCUAGAAAAUGCUUUGUUAAUGUUUAAAAUUAACCCUAAAGAGUGUAACAUCUCCGAAUUAAAUGAGGCGACUUUGCUAUCUAUUUACAAAUAUGAAACAUCAAAUAAGAGCCAAGUAACCUCUAAUCACCUAACAAAUUUGAAAAAUGCUCUAAGAUUGUUGGCCAAAUAUACCAAAUCUGACAAACUAAAAUUUUACGUCGAUCAUGAGCCCUACAGAGCUUUAUCCCAGGCAUACGACACACUUUCAAUUGACGAGUCUGUUGAUGAAGACAUUAUAAAAACUGCAUAUUCGGUCAAGAUUAACGACUCUCCCGGAUUAAAGUUGGAUUGUGAUAGAGCACUUUACACCAUUGCUAUCAGUAAAAGAAGCCUUGAUUUGUUCAAUUUUUUAACAGAGGAAUGCCCACAGUUUUCCAACUAUUAUGGUCCAGAGAAGCUUGAUUACCAAGAGGCAUUGAAGCUUCUUCAAGUGAAUGAAAAUGCCUCUGACGAAACCAUUUUGAAAAUCUUUAAACAAAAGUGGUUUGAUGAAAACGUUUAUGAGCCUGACCAAUUUCUUAUUUUGAGGGCAGCAUUGACCAAAAUCAGUAUAGAAAGAAAUUCAACUUUAAUCACCAACUUCUUACUAACUGGUACGAUAGAUCCAAAUUCCUUGCCGCCAGAAAAUUGGCCAACUGGCAUUAAUAAUAUCGGGAACACCUGUUACCUAAAUUCUUUAUUACAAUAUUACUUUUCCAUUGCGCCACUAAGAAGAUAUGUAUUGGAAUAUCAAAAAACGGUAGAAAAUUUCAAUGACCACCUCUCUAAUAGUGGGCAUAUUAGAAGAAUUGGUGGAAGAGAAAUUAGUAGAGGCGAAGUGGAAAGAUCUAUUCAAUUCAUAUACCAACUUCGCAACCUUUUCUAUGCGAUGGUUCAUACAAGAGAAAGAUGUGUAACACCCUCAAAAGAGCUAGCAUAUUUGGCAUUUGCUCCAAGUAAUGUUGAAGUAGAAUUUGAAGUGGAAGGCAAUAAAGUAGUUGAUCAAACAGGAGUUCUUUCGGAUUCAAAGAAGGAAACAACGGAUGACGCAUUUACUACAAAAAUAAAGGAUACAAGCCUGAUUGAUUUAGAAAUGGAAGAUGGCCUUAAUGGCGAUGUUGGUACAGAUGCGAACAGAAAAAAAAAUGAAUCGAAUGAUGCUGAAGUAAGUGAGAACGAAGAUACAACAGGAUUAACUUCACCUACGCGUGUGGCAAAAAUCAGUUCUGAUCAAUUAGAAAAUGCUUUGGAAAUGGGUAGGCAACAAGAUGUUACUGAAUGCAUAGGAAACGUGUUAUUUCAGAUAGAAAGCGGUUCAGAGCCUAUCCGAUAUGAUGAAGACAACGAGCAAUAUGACUUGGUUAAGCAACUAUUUUAUGGUACUACUAAACAAAGUAUUGUUCCUUUGUCCGCAACAAAUAAAGUCCGUACGAAAGUUGAAAGAUUCCUAUCGUUACUGAUAAAUAUUGGCGAUCAUCCUAAAGAUAUUUAUGAUGCGUUUGAUUCUUAUUUUAAAGACGAAUAUCUGACAAUGGAAGAGUAUGGUGAUGUUAUACGUACCGUUGCUGUUACAACUUUUCCUACUAUUUUGCAGGUACAAAUCCAAAGAGUUUAUUACGAUCGUGAAAGAUUAAUGCCGUUUAAAUCCAUUGAGCCCUUACCAUUCAAAGAAGUUAUUUACAUGGACAGAUACGCGGAUACAGAGAACCCUUUAUUGUUGGCAAAAAAGAAAGAAACAGAAGAAAUGAAGCAAAAGUUGAAGGUAAUGAAAAAUAGACAAAGAGAGCUUUUGAGUCGUGAUGAUUCAGGGCUUACAAGGAAGGAUGCAUUUUUGGAGAGUAUCAAGCUAUUGGAAUCGGAUACCAUAAAGAAAACUCCUUUAAAAAUUGAGGCUGCUAAUGAUGUGAUAAAGACGCUGAGAAACAACGUUCAAAAUAUCGAUAAUGAAUUGAUGAAAUUAUACAAUGAUAUCAACAGUUUGGAAGAGAAAAUAAGCCAUCAAUUUGACGAUUUCAAGGAAUAUGGUUACUCACUGUUUUCGGUUUUUAUUCAUCGCGGCGAGGCCAGUUAUGGUCACUAUUGGAUAUAUAUCAAGGACAGAAAUCGCAAUGGAAUUUGGAGGAAGUACAAUGAUGAAACCAUCAGUGAGGUCCAGGAAGAGGAGGUCUUCAAUUUCAAUGAGGGUAACACUGCAACUCCAUAUUUCCUAGUAUAUGUCAAACAAGGACAAGAAGGUGAUAUUGAGCCAUUGAAAAGAAUUCUAAAGUAG